GCCUCUUCUUUGACACGAUCGCGACAGGAGAAGACCUCUGUCGGGAUUUCGCAUAUCGGGGCACAACUACCUUCUCGUCGUCCAAUCUCGAUGCUGGUUACUUCCUGUCCUGUCUACUCUGUGGGUAGUCAAGCUGAGAUCCUCGUAGAGAAUAAACCGGCUGACUUCUCCUUGUCUGCCGCCGAAGUAUUCGACACCGAUUCCCUGAUGGAUACACAACCAGCUAGUCAGACCGCUUUCGACCCAGCUCCAGAUGACAGCGACUUGCCACACCAGACAAGAUUGGCCGAUUCUGCAAAUCUCUCUGCACCUUCACUUUCCUCAUAUAGCACAGUGUUGUUGCCAUGUUCUCACGUUGCCAACACUGCCUCUAUCACUAGCACUGCCGCUGCCAACCCUGCUUGUGUCAACCUACCUUCUCCAACUCCCUCGCAGGCUCAAAGUGCCGAGGAGUUUCUCUUUGAUCUCUUGUCUCCCGACUCAAUCUCUUCAACAGCAGGAGAUGUGCCAGAAAUCUCUGCUUCCGCCGAAGUGAUAGAGCCGGAAGACGCAUGUCUAAUGGAGGUGCAGACGGAGCUAGACACGGGGCCUAUGGGAUCCACGACGUGUAUUGAGGGCGGUGGGAGUGUGGCUCUUGUCCAGCCCGGAAGCCAGAACAAUGUAUUGUUGCCUCAUGCCAAUCCGGCGAUGCUGUCCGAGUCUGUGUCUGGAGAGGCUGGCGCUUUUGACGACCUCUCCUUUGGUCUCUGGACGCCGGCGCCUAUUGGCUACUUCCACCAGCAUCACCAUCCCCAUCAGUUAGCACAACCGAUCACCUCCGGUACCAUGCCGAUCCACGCUUCCAUUUCGGCACUUCAGAGCAUUAGUGAUGGCACCACUCACUUGAACGAUGCUUCUGCGUCGCAGGUGCUCGUGGACUUUACUCCUCCCCGGCCGGACCUUGUCAGCCGGGCCAAUUGGUUACCUUUGAUGCUGUCCUCGUCUCCUACAGGCCUGGCUGAUUUCGCCGAGUUCAUGGACACUUCAGAUGGGAUGAGUGUAUUUUCGCCUUCUGCCAUGAAUUGGUCUAUCGAUGCCACAUAG